UUCAAACUAAUCUCCUUUUCCAUGUUCAAUUUGAUAAAAAUUAGCUUCUUCAGUAAUAGAGUGAAUUGGGACGGUGGGAAGGAAUUCGUUCUAAAGGCGAGGCCUAUGGGAACAGAAGUUAUAAAUAUACCUAUUGAUAAACAAUCAGACUCUGCAGUGAUAUCUACAGAAAAUGGCACCUCCAAUCAAGUCCAUGGUCUCCAUUCUAAAUCUCCUUCAGUCGAUGAAUCUGGUGGAGCUAGAAAAGACCUUUGGGGUCCUAGGAUUUUUGGCAAGGCUAGUGAAACAAAGGAAUCAAAAGAAUGGAAAGAAUCAAAGGAGUCUGACGUAAAGGAAUGCAUUCUCACCUCUCCAGUAGAAGUAUUUCCUGCCCAUCAAGAUGCAUUGAUUGCAAAGGACUUGAAUCCCAAAGGUCAGGAUCCAACCAAUUAUGAAGAGUCAGAUUCCCCCAUUAAAUCUGUACACAGAUCUGAUACAACAGUAAGGACUCAUCACACUGCUUCUCACCCAUUUCCUCCUGCUACUGAACGACGUGCUUCAGCUGGUUACCAGCCUUCUGCAGCUUCUGCUUCAAAUGGAAACAAGCCUGCUAAAAUGAAAAUUAUUCAAGUAACUGACACACCAAAGAAAUCUAAGGGAAUCCCAAACCAUAAAGUUAGGAAGCCUUUACAAUCUGAUAAUGGAACAAACACGGAUGAGGAUCCUUGCUCUCCUGUUUCAAUUGCAGCUUCUCUAAGAUCUCAUAAAGCUAGGACGACGUUGGCAACUGCCCCUGUUUUUAAAUGUGGUGAGCGUGCUGUGAAGCGGAAAGAGUUCUAUGCUAAAUUAGAACAGAAGCAAAAGGCUUUGGAGGCAGAGAAGAUGCAAUCUGAAGCUAGGAGUAAGGAUGAAAUGGAGGCUGCUCUAAAAGAAUAUCGGAAGAAUUUGAUUUAUAAAGCAACGCCUAUGCCAAGUUUUUACCAAGAAGGGCCUCCUCCAAAGAUUGAACUUAAAAAGACACCUCCAACCCGUGCAAAAUCCCCCAAGCUUGGCCGAAGGAAGAGCUGUGAUGAUUCAAACAACGGAGAUAACAACAAUGGCAUAUGUUACCGAUUGCGUCGUCACAGCCUUGGCAGCUAUAAGGAUGAUUGCAAUAGAUUACAAAAUAAUCCAAAGAUUGGAAAUGCAGCUUCCAAAGACAAAGGAAAGUUGUUACCCAUCCCCUUGAUGUAAGAGUGGCAUCCUGACUUGUCGAUAUCCUCUUCUUUCUGUCCAUCUUUAGAGCAGAAAAAAUCCGUCCUCUUCAUUUCUUUCUGUCCAUCUUCAGAGCAGGAAAAAUCCCUUACUUUCUGUCUAUCUUCAGAGCAGAAAUAAUCCCUUACUUCCGAGAAAAUGGGUCUUCCUUCUAUGCACCAGUUGAAGAGUAUUUAUUAUCAAGGCUUCUUUUAUGUCUCACCAGUCUAAGAAUAUUUAUGAUCGAGGCUAGUUUUACAUAUCAUGGUUUAACUUAUGGAAGUUAAACGAAAGUGUCUAAAGUCUUCACUUAUACACAUUUUUAUUAGUCAUUUCUAAAUGGAAGUGUGUAAGUCUUACUUGUUUUCUUUCAUGGUUUAACUGAUGGGAGUUUAAUGAAAUUGCGUAUAUGUCUUACUUGGAGACAGUUGUUGCUGUUGA